UCUUCCUCGCUCGCUCGCUCGCUCGCUCGCUCGCCGCCAUUAUAGUUCCAUCUGAAGCUCCGAUCAGAGAGAAACAACGAUGAUUGAUCUCAAGUACGAGGAUCAAGGCCAGCUUCAACUCGUAGACAGAGAAGAGGUCGAAGAUGAGGAUGACUGCUUCGAAGCCAUUGAUAAGCUGAUCGCUCAAGGUAUCAAUGCCGGAGACAUCAAGAAGCUCCAGGACGCCGGGAUCUACACCGUCAAUGGCGUCAUGAUGCAUACCAAGAAGAGCUUGACAUCGAUCAAGGGUUUAUCCGAGGCCAAGGUCGAGAAGAUCUGUGAAGCCGCCGAGAAGCUCGUGAACGUUGGCUAUGUGACUGGUAGCGAUCUCCUCAUCAAGCGCAAGUCGGUUAUCAAAAUCACUACCGGCAGCCAGGCGUUGGAUGAGCUUCUUGGCGUAUAUGAAGGUGGGAUUGAGACGCUGGCGAUCACUGAAGCGUUCGGCGAAUUCCGAUCAGGGAAGACCCAACUGGCUCACACACUUUGUGUCUCCACUCAGCUACCGAUCCACAUGCACGGUGGCAAUGGGAAGGUUGCCUACAUCGACACAGAGGGCACGUUCCGUCCAGAUCGGAUCGUGCCGAUUGCAGAGAGGUUCGGGAUGGACGCCGGUGCUGUCCUUGACAAUAUUAUAUACGCGAGGGCCUACACGUACGAGCACCAAUACAACCUGCUGCUUGGCCUUGCUGCCAAGAUGUCCGAAGAGCCCUUCAGGCUCUUGAUCGUGGACUCGGUUAUCGCGCUGUUUCGGGUGGACUUCACUGGUAGAGGAGAGCUUGCAGAGCGCCAGCAAAAGUUGGCUCAAAUGUUGUCACGGCUGAUCAAGAUCGCUGAGGAAUUCAACGUCGCUGUGUAUAUGACGAAUCAGGUGAUUGCGGAUCCGGGCGGCGGAGUAUUCAUAUCGGAUCCAAAGAAACCCGCAGGCGGCCACGUGCUGGCGCACGCGUCAACCAUCCGGCUUAUGCUACGAAAGGGCAAGGGCGAGCAACGCGUGUGCAAGAUCUUUGACGCUCCCAACCUCCCAGAGGCCGAAGCAAUAUCCUUUUUUCACUUCCCAUCUUUUAUCUACUUAAAAAACCCCUUAAAAAUCUCUAUAUUCAAAAAGCUUAUCCUUAAUCAUUGAAUCUCACAUCUUCCAGAUAACUCCAGGAGGCAUUGCCGACGCCAAGGACUGAUUAUGAUGAUCAUGAUCUAUAUACGUAUGUUCUUUUGCUUUAUUUCAGUAAUUUCCAUA